UUUUAUUCUGAAUGGUUCAGAUAAGAGAGCUAGCAGUCAAGGGAAGGCAGUCAUCAAGGUUGGGAUGAUUUUGUCYUCAAUGUGUACUACUUGUCUAAGGCGCUACCAAUAUCUUGAGACCUUUGUUGUUCAAGGCCCGGUUCAUACGUCGAGCCAGCGUCGCGCCGAACUAAAUAGUUUGAAUUUAGCAGAUAAAGAGCUCGAMGUAUGAAUUGAAUUGAGUUCGGCGCGACCAGUGGCACGGCAGCGSCAGUCACACUAUACGGCWAAAGCUCGACGCUGAUUCAAACGUCGAUYUAUCGUCGUSCCAAACAUAACGCGCAAAAAUAUCUUUUUUCGAGAAAAAUAAUGGAUGUAAAGUGCGUGUUAUCGAUUUUGAAUCAACGCCGUACUGAAUGUAUUUGGGUCGACACCAAUUGACUAUUUGGUUCGGCGCGACGAUAGCAUGACGUAUGAACCGGGACUAASUCUUCCUGGUAUCUUAAAACGUCAGGCUGAUCACUUGAACACAAGUAGAUAGUCAGAAAGAAGAUGUACGUUUUCCUGGUGGUAUUGGCYCAUGCUGUCCACAUCGUUAGUACAUCAGUACAAUCUACCGCAGUUUACAACGUGACUACUACCGYCAGUAGUAACGCAACAGUAAACGCGACAGAGGUACCGAUUGCCUGUGUAGUGCCAUGCACCUGCUAUAGGAAUAUUCAUGGRUUGGUUACUCUCAAGUGCAACAUUAAAAUGCUUCCAGAUGGAUGGAAACUCCCUGGUCGAUUUCAAUCGUUAGAUCUAUCCUACAACAAACUGACUAAAGUUCCACAAGAGUUUUUCAGAAGACAAGAGCUAAGCAACUUAUUGUCUUUGUCGUUAAAAGGAAACAACAUUUCUAUCAUAGAAGAAGAUGCAUUCAAGGGACUGUACAACUUGACACGACUCGAUCUCAGCUUUAUAAAUCUUAAAGAUUGGAAAGGCAACAUCAAGAGGUCCCUCUCCUCCCUAAUGUUCUUGGACGUUACUGGAAACUUUCCGUGGAUACCAACAGUUAACGUGCUCGCCAUAACAUCAUUACGAGAGAUUAAAGGAGUCACAUGGAACUCAGACUGCGUCAACUGUACCUUGACUAAUUCACGAUACAGCACUGGGAUGGAAGGGACGGACGAUAAAGGAAGUAGUCCCAAUAUUUCUACCGUGGAAACCACACAAAUAACCGUGAUAGUGAAUGUGAAUGACACAGCUUUUGACCAAACUGGUAUUUCAUUACCAGGAAACCCUUCCAGUAGCAAUCACUUGAAAAUAGAUCACUCAGUACCAAACAUGUUCGUGCAGAAUAGCUAUUUCCCUAAUUGUCUCCAUGUACCUGUUAUGAUGAAGUACAAGUGUUUUCCAGGAAAAGUGGUGCCUCCCAAGACUAAGCACUUAUUAAAGAUACCAAGUCAGCUCUUCUACAUCGCAUAUGUGCUUGGAGCCUUAGGAAUAGUGUUAAACUGUUCAAUUAUAGUUAUCUAUAUGUAUUCUACCAACAUACGUAAGAUUAACUCUAUGCUCCUGAUAUCAAACAUGGCGUUCUGUGAUAUCCUUGUAGGAGUAUAUGCUAUCAUUAUAGCUAAGUAUAACAUAUUUACCAUAAUGCUUUCUAGAGGUGACGUCAUGCCAAACAGUGUCAUUAUCAUUGGUAGUUUUUGUAAAGUUGCUUCUGUUCUCUUCACAGUAGGUCAAGUCGUGUCAGUCAUCACUGCUCUGUUACUCACAAUCGAUAAGUUCUUGUCUAUUGUGUAUUGCAUGGAUCCUAACCGCAAGCUUAGUCGCAGGCUUUCUCUUCUUGUUUUGUUUCUUUGUUGGGUUGGUGUGAUUGUGUAUGCAUUCUCACCUGAGUUCUCAGUCAUGUCUUACAGCCCUGCUUUGCUGUGCACAUUUCCAGUUACGGAAAUGAAAGUGUUUAUCAUUAGUGUCUGUCUUCUUGUUGCUUUUUAUCUUGCAAACAUACCACUGUAUGUUAAAAUCUUUUUAUUUGUUCGGCGGUCGAGUGUACGCAUGGGCGUUCGCAGGGAUGCCGCUUUGGCUAAAAAGAUCGCCGUCCUCAUUCUCACCAACUUUGUAUUCUUUGCUGUUCCUAUGAUUCUCAUCAUCAUUUUUUCUUUGGUUUUCAAUCUUCACUAUUUAGUUUCUUUUAACGACAUUACCUUAAUUCGUUUCAUUGUAUGCUAUCUCUUGCCGAUUGUUUGCCUUUGUCUUAACUCGUGCUUAAACCCUUUUUUGUGCGCCUUCAGGCAGAGACAGUUCAGACGUGAGUUUAAAAAAUGCAUGCGCAGCUGUAUCCUGAGUCGUUUUUGCAAAGCCAUUUCUACAAUAAGGACGGACAGCUCUGUUCGCAACACGCAGCCUACAAGGGUGGAAAUGUACAAGCUGAGCAACAUUGAUUCACAGACACAAGGAAUGUAGGACAGAACUGUAAGAUAAUGUCAAUAUUGCUGGAUUAGUUUGUAUAAAGGACGGUAUUAUUUGAUAGAGAACAGUGAAAUCAGACGUAAUGAGCCUGAUUCAAUUAGAUCAUGUAACUCAGUAAAAAUAAUAGUUAGUUAUGCUGUAUUCUCAAAGGUCAAAAAAGCUAUUUAGAUCCAUUUCUCAACACUGCAAUCAUUUCCGACUGAUAUUCUAAUUAAUUGUGUUACAGCAGUCAUAAGGCGCUCAUGGACGUAUCCAGGAUUUUCACUGGGAGGAGGAGGGGGUGGGCUAACAUACCCAAUUGUCACUGUGGUGUCAUUUGACGUCAUAUGAUGUCGUACAAAUCUAUGGUUUUCACACUUUGUUGACUUUGAAAGGGGGGGUUACGGGCACCCUGUGACCCCCUGGAUACGCCCCUGGAGCUGACGCAAAAUAGGUCAGAUAAAAAACAAGAUGGCAGACCUUAAUGUAAGAAAGAACUCAGGACAAAAAAAGGAAACAUUUUAACUAAAUAGAAUACAGUAAUGACAUGAUAGAUAAUCCAGACACUAGUUUUGAUUUUUAAUGUCGGGAUACAAAAAGUUCGACAACAUUGGGCAAUAUGUAGGCGAGACAUAUAUUGGGAAUCAGUGUUACCUGUUAAACUAGGAUAUCUGAAAACCGUUCUAGUGUCUUUCAUAAUCUAUUUUUUUCACAAUCGGAACGGCAUCAUCAACAACAAAAACUACCCGACUACAUUGCUAAACAUUGUCUAUUUACCGGCGUGUUUCUGACUACUUUGCUAAACAUUGCCUAUUUACCGGUGUGUUUCAGACUGCAAUUAUUGCGCAUGUCAUCCCGUGAAAGAGUCUUUUUUCAGUUUAAAAAAAGUCUCAACGAUUUUGUAGAAAGGGCAUACAUCGAUUGUCACUGAUUACUAUCUUCUAUUAGAGCUUUAGUCUCUGAUAUUUAUCUAUUUUAAUUUUUUGAGUGCACAUUUAAAGUUCUUUGGAAAUUUGUUCAUCUCGGCUAUAUCUGACCUUCUUAACUAUAGUUUCUCGCUAAUUCUAAACUGUUGCCAUCUUAUCAUUUGAGCGAUUAGCAGCAUUAUAUAUACCCUGGUUCCAGAGGUUUCUCUGUGUUAUUCUCUGUUAAAAUCUCUCCAUCGAGCUGCGUAGCAGCGGCUGUCGCAGCUCGAAGAACGGAGAGAUUUUCACAGAGAAUAACACAGAGAAACCUCUGGAACCAGGGUACAUUAUAUACUAAACGGGCCAUCUCUUGCCAUUCAACCUCGAGGACAAGGAAAAAAGUACUGGUAAAAAAUAAAAUGUAUAUUUCUGAAAUGUUCUCUUAAAAAACACUGUUAAAUAGCACUAGCAACAUAUGACUAACAGAGUGAGAUCCUUAAACCCGUGAAUGUACAAACUAAGGCAUAUUAGCGUAAUACCUAUUUCACGGGUUGUUUUCCAUUCCCCUAUCUGAGCUAUACAUGACGUGUACGUUGAUUUUUCUGUAAAUAGCAAACAUUUACUUCAAAGAACGCUAUCUUUAGUUUAUAUGUAGCUUAGCCAAAGGUUGUCGAAGCAGAACGGCGAUUGCACGACCGGUAUUUACUUAGCUCCUGGAAAUGCAGAGAAAUCAUCAUGAAAAGUAUUUAUUCAAUGGAAAAAUAUUGACUGUCUUUCGGCAGAAACCUAUAAGGGACUUGAAACAUGUUGCGCCAGUACAUUUCUUUAGUACCAAGCGUCGGAAUAUUCAAAGUUCAUUAAAAAUUUCGAAAACGAACGUUAUGACCAAAUUUGGAAAAUUCCGCCGUUGGACUAUAAGAGAUUUUUAAGGCCCGUUCUGGUUGGCUAGGGUAAAUUGAAUUGUUCCAAAUUGUAUCGUUUAAAUACUAAUCGAUAUUGUAUUGUGUGAUUGCGUUACGUCGCGCGUUACGUAGUUUUACGUCACUAAAUGUAAUUAACUUAAUUAUCGUUGUUCAUUGUGAAGACCUUCUAUUAUCGGAAGGACCAUAAGAUUUCGAACCAUAUAAUUGUUGGUGAUCAACUCUGUAAUUCUGAUAAUUGGUCACGAUGACAAUAAAGUGUUUGGAACUGUGGUCGUGUUUCAACAUAACACAAAUAAGGAAAUGAGAUGCAAAUAAGAUUUGAAUAUUCCAACGGAUGGCACGGCCCUACACGUUUCAAGUCCCUUAUAUUUCUGCUUUAAGCCAUUAAUCAUCAAUGCCUUCAGUUGCUUUGCCGUUCUCGCCGUCGAUCUUCUAUAAUGCUUUGUCAUUCUGUCGUCUACUUAAUAUGCAAUAAAUUAUUUAUGAAAACUGA